AUGGUGUACGACACGGAGGAGAUCAUCGAGAGGGCACACCGUGGCAUCUUGGACUACAUCAAGCACGCGCUUACCCUCUUCACCAACUUCGUCGCCGUCCUCAUCCGAGUCCUCGUCAUCAUGGGGUUUUUGACAGCAUUGUUCUGCGGAUCCCCAACCCGUCCCGAUCCGCGACCUUUGAUCUCCAACCACCAUGAUGUGCCCCAGAUCCGCAGCCUUCGACCUCCACCUCCACCUCCUGCCGCGUGCCCGGAUCGGCGGCCUACCUCUCAUGCACCUCCGCUGGCCACUGAGUGCCAUCACUGCCCUUCCUUCACCUUGGCCUUGGCUUCAGUCCGGUUGCACCUGCGACGACCACAUCUUCCUUGUCCCCCUUCUUGCCAAGAUCCGCUGCAGGUUCAAAUCCCUUCAGUUCACUUCGAUCUCUCCCUAGUAAGUUCAGUGUGUGUCAAUGGAAUUGUUUUUACCCAAAAUGUGGCAGUGAUCUCUGUAUUCUGCGAACAGCCCCUGCUGUGGCAUCGUUGUUGUUUGUGCUCAGUACAAAAUUAA